CCCAUAAUGGAUCAGGAUGAAAUGGAUGCGGCGAUUAAAGUUUAUUUUUCUAUGGGAUUAACUUACAAGGACAUAAUCAACGUAAUGGCUAUUGAGCACGGUGUUGUAAUAUCACUACGUCAUUUGAAAAGAAUGUUGAGACAAAUGGGUCUAUUCAGAAGGAAAAAUUAUAGCAACAUUGGAGACGUAAUAGAUUUUGUUCAGUCACAGAUAGCAAAUUCGGGGCAACUACAUGGUUACAGAUGGAUGUACGAAAAAUGCCUAGCACAUAACCUACACUGCAAAAAGGAGGACAUCCGCGUAAUCCUUGGUAUUUUGGAUUCGGAGGGAACUGCUCAAAGACGGAAACGGAGGUUGCUGCGUCGAUCUUACUCAUCGAAGGGCCCCGACUACGUUUGGCACAUUGAUGGCUAUGACAAGUUAAGCCGAUAUGGCAUCUGCAUCAGUGGCUGUGUAGAUGGCUUUUCUCGACGAGUUAUGUGGCUGAAUGCAUAUUACACGAACUCUGACCCAAAGAUAAUCGGGGGAUACUACCUAGAAGUGGUAGAAUCACUUGGUGGAUGUCCACGGCUCGUUCGCGGCGAUGCAGGAACUGAAAAUAUAUAUGUCCGUGACAUUCAGAGGUUUUUACGGCUAGAUAACGAUGACGCCAUGGCAGGUUACAACAGCUACAUGGAAGGAAGAAGUACUGCCAAUCAACGUAUAGAGUAUUGGUGGUCCUUUCUUAGAAGAGAGUGCACAGAUUACUGGAUUCGUCUGUUCAGGCGCCUUCUUGACCAAGGCGAUUUCAGCGGCACAUUUUUGGAUGUGAACUUAAUGCAAUUCUGCUUUAUGCAUGUCAUUCAGGAUGAAUUGGAUAGCAUAAUGGAAAUAUGGAACAGGCACUUGAUACGCCCUUCGAGGAAUGCCAAUUCCCCAAGUGGUCGUCCUGACGUCUUGUACCACAUGCCUGAAUUAUAUGGCACUAUCAGCUACCUGUGCGAAGUACCUUCACACCAGACUGCCGUUUGUAAAGAGGAGUGCUCAUUUAGGGGUCCGGUUCCUUGUGACAGAGAUGUAUAUGAUUUGUCCUGCAUGGUGAUGAAAGAAAACCGAUAUCAAUAUCCAAACGAUUCCGAUUCUGCUGUAUUUUUGUAUUUGGAACUAAGACGAACAAUCAGUGCCGCAAUUGUGUGAAUCAGAGAAACAAAAAUAGGAAUACUUAAUCAUUGCAAUGUAGGAUUAUUUGGCGAGCUGAAGUAGCAGGAUUUUUCCAUCAUUUGCAAUGUGUUUGUAUUUGAAACAACUGACAGCUAUUGAGUAUGUUGUUGUAUAUAAAGCUAUCGUUAUAACAUUUAGAUAUAGUCUCAAUUAUUAUUGUUGUUGUUGUUGUUGUUUUUUAUUUAGAUAUCUCAUCCACCGGUCAUUUCGAGAUGUCUCAAAACUUUAACAAACAUUUUUUUCGUGUGUCACUUAUUUAUAAAUACUGAUAUCGCUGAGUAUAUCAACAAACAUCCAAAUGUUCCAAAUAUGUUUCAAACAUUGAGAUAUUUUUAAAAAUAUGUUUGAAGUCAUUGAUGCUGUCAACAAAUUGUACUUUUGCUCGCCAUUGUGUGGGUGUGACUCCAGCCAUAAAAUAUCCUGUGUGCUGCGUAGUAGUGAGCCGCAUUGAAAGAUGUUAGUUGGACAACUUGAGAAGAAAUAAACAUGCACAAUAAUUUAAAUAAAGUUUAAGAUGAACUGAAUGUUUUAAUCCCGCAAAUUGAUACUACACCAUUAGGAAAGUUGUGCAAAAACAGGGUUUAAAUUAUUGUUGUUGUUAAAGGUGUUUUUUAUAGCCUAUUUGCCUACAUUGCAUCACCUGUUAACAACAUAAUGGUCAAUACUGUUCAAGACGUAGUCAAACCUGUUUGCACAAAUGAAGUGAACGCUCCGGUUACCAAACCUGUUUUUGCAAACAUCAGUGAUUAUGCCUUUCAUCAAUGAACUAAAUUCUCUUCCACGAAUGAAUGCAUGCAGCCAAUCUUAAAAACCUACAUGACCCCCAAAAUGUAGAAACUUGUCAAACAUAAUAUUACAUAAACAGUUGUGAUCAACAUAAAAGUAAAAGAAGCAACAAAAGUACAGUGUCUCAAGGCUAUCUUUUGCCAUCGCUUUGUAAUCUUUUCCUACUGAAAUCUUAUUUUGGGAUGAAACAAUAAAAAUUGACUAGAAUGUCAUUUGAACCUGCGACCUCCGGAUUAACGGAGGUAGAGCGCUGGCUCGUUGAUUCGGAGGUCACAGGUUCAAAUCACGUUCUGGUAAUUUCUUUUUGGUUCACCCAAGUAUAGAAUUAACGUUUGCCCAGUCCAAUCCCCUUUUCCUUUAUUACUUGAUACUUCUAAUAUCGAACUGUGUCCUAUGAUAUUCAGUGUUACGAAUCAAGCAGUAUAUGUCUUAUCAACAUUCUUGUAAAGGUAAGCUAAACAUAUCACACUGAUGUUUACAUGUAUCUCUAAAAAUGUUAAGUUUCACACAGAUAAACCUUUACAAGGAACAGUAGGCCUAGGAAUUGUUUACAAAAUGAUGGUAAGAUAGUGUUUACCAAGUACUUAAAGGGUAACUGUAAAUACAUAAUUAACACUUCAAAAUACAAUAUUCUACCAAGUUAGUUUUGAAACAUAGCAAUUACCAAACUUUUUUGUGCCAACCGAACAAAAUGACACUGAAUGAGUGUACAAAACUACCAGUUUGCAUUCAACAAAACUAUUUCUUUGCUCAAUACACGCCCGAAUAUUUCAACCAUUUAAAUCUUUCUUGGUAAAAAAACGUGAUAAACUUUCAAACAAAAGCCUUAAUAAAACUUUUAAAAGAUUAGGCAACGUUUCAACUUUUAAACACAAAGCAAAUUUGGCUUCAUAUAUGACAAAAACUGGCUCACACAGAUGGUCAAGAAACCUCUAACAAGUUAGAAAUUACAAAACAACAACAAAACAAAACUUCCAACUGAAAUGUUUCUCUCAGUUAACAAUUCUGUUGUCUGAUUUUCUCAAUCCUGUGAAACAGCUUUAAGGUACAAAAACGUGAGAAUAAGAAGUCUUGGUUUAACCGACUUCAUAAAACAUAAAUGUAAAAUUUUAUGGGUUCUUACUUCGAACCCUAAUACUCUCUUGAUUUCUCUUGAGAACCCCCCCCCCCAAUUAAAAAUAAACAAAU